GCGGCGGGCUUUUUGAAACGGCGGCCACCGCCGAGUCCAAAGCCAGCCGGGUGGGGCCGGGGCGCGCGGGGGAGGCGGUUGCCAUGGCGACCAGGCAGCUGGCCAGGCAGCUAGGCAUUAUUCGAAGUGUUUCCAAACCGUCUCCCGUUGGGCAAAGUCACAACCAACGCAAACUGCGGCAGCUGUUUGACUACUUAAUAAUUAUCGAUUUUGAGUCUACCUGCUGGAAGGAUGUCCGAAGAUGUCAAGAAAUAAUUGAAUUUCCAGCAGUUCUCUUGAACACCUCAAAUGGAGAAAUUGAGACUGAAUUUCAUAUGUACGUCCAGCCCCAGGAACAUCCAACUCUCUCUGAGUUUUGUAUUGAGCUAACUGGAAUAAAACAGGAUCAAGUCGAUGAAGGGGUUCCACUGCAUAUAAGCCUAUCCCAAUUUUCUAAGUGGAUUCACAAGAUCCAGGAGGAGAAAAAGAUUGUUUUUGGUUCAACUGAUGCUGCUCCUGAAAAAAAAUUAUGUGCCUUUGUUACCUGGUCAGAUUGGGACCUGGGAAUUUGCCUGCACUAUGAAUGUAAAAGAAAACAGCUACGGAAGCCUAAUAUUUUAAAUUCUUGGAUUGAUCUACGGGCCACUUACAAGAGUUUUUACUCUAGGAAGCCCCAAGGUUUAAAUGGCGCAUUGAAAGACGUGGGUAUCACUUUUGAAGGACGGGAGCACUCUGGGCUGCAUGAUUCUCGGAAUACAGCUCGCCUCGCUUGGAAGAUGAUUUGUGAUGGGUGUGUAAUGAAAAUCACAAAAUCAUUAGAUAAGGCACCUCCAGUGAAGAAUUCCCUGGCCAGAUUUGGGGGUGAGAAACCUGCCCAUGAUGGCCCUUCGGGAAUCAACCCUCUUGUCAAAGCAUCACCUUUGGACGAAAGCAAAAAGGAAGUUCCUCCAGAAAUCAAGCGAAAAGAGGAAGACUCAGCACAAGAGACGGUUCGCGUAGCCUUGUUUGAAAACCCACCUCUUGCGUCUGGAAAGAGCAGAAAGACUGACCAAUGUGGUAGCACCAAACAGAACCUAACCUCGUCCAUAGGAAGACCCCAUUGGCCUCUGAUUAAUCUUCAGCACCCCUGCUAUAGACCUUCGGGCCUUCAGAGUUGGGGAGAUAAGGGCCAACUCAUUUCAAACCCUUCUACGCCCAAUCGAAGGCUAGUUUUGGUCCCCACGACUCUAUCCACUGUCAACUUUUCCGAGACCGACAUCGGCACCACUCCAGAUUGUCUGUCUAUGUUGGCCAACUGGGAGGAUAUCGCAAUCAUACCAGAAAAGGAUGACGACUCAGAUCUAGAAUGCUCACCCUCAAAAGAUAACCCACCAACUAAGAGCGCAUUUAUGACAGAAGAUGGGAACAAAUCGAUGAAUCGGGGAGAUGAACGUAGGGUAGAUGUUCCUCCGAGUAGAGAGCUCUCAAAAUGUGUGGUCUACAAGAGUCCAAAUACGACCAUUUACAACGCGGGCCGAGCUCCCAUCAGAUCUUCAGAUGCUUCUACAUUUAAGCUCCCGGUCGUAACGGCAGAGGCAUCUUCUCCCAACCCACCAGACGGAAAUCUUCUCGCACCUUCGACCGAGGCUAUCAAAAGAAAGCCCUCCAGCCCCAAAUCUUGGCCUCCCAACAAAAAAGCGCCUUUCAGGAUCCACGAAGAUGGAAGGCCAACAUCGAGCAGCUUCCCGUCGCCCGGGGCGAAUCCGUGCGGCGUCUCUCCUGCCCUCUUGAGCUCUUCGGGCAAUUUCAACCCAACUUUCAGGGUACCAGAAACCGGGAGGGUGACCCCUCCGUUAUGCCGGUGUGGCCGAAGAGCUCGAAGGUUGAACGUUUCGAACGGUGGCCCUAAUCAGGGCAAAGCAUUUUAUAGCUGCCCGGUGAGAAAAUGCGAAAGGAAUACAAAGGGCUGCAACUAUUUCCGAUGGGAACAUUCACUUGUAAAGGAGAAAAUGGGCCUUCCGGCUUCGACUUUAGGGGCUGGGGGCUUAAAGCCUUUAAAAAUUCAGGAUCAUCCCUCCCUGGGAAACGUUAAACCGAAGUUCCUGAAUCUACGGCCUUCGAUGCGAACUUAGGCAGGUUUUUCUUUUUCCUGCCUUUUAUUGGAAAAAAUGGAGUAUUUCAACCUUUGGAAAGUUAGCUUUCUUUUCUACAAAGCGCGAUCAUGUUUUGAAGCAUCACCGAAACUGUGUGUGCAUUUAGCAUCUGGUCUCGUCUGAAUGCAGUACCACAAACUGUCUUUGUCUUUUCAGUGUGUACUUUCUCUUCUUUGUUCUAGGCUCCUAAGUUUGAUUUUUUUUUUUUUUUUGGUUAGGAAUCAUGUUGUUUAUACUUUAAAUCGGUAAGCCUGACAGCCGAGAAAUUGCUUUUUAAAGAGCUGGCUUGUAAAACUUGCGUCAUGCUUUUAAAUGUUCUUUUAAACUAUCCUUUAAAAUAUUCUUGAUUCUGAGAAGUGAAAUAAAACGAACACCUCCCCCACUCCUGCAAAAGACAAUUAUCCAUUUUAAUACGGCACUUCCCACAAAGGAAAAACUGAUUUCUUUUAACAGUAUGUUUUUUUAACUAUCCCAAAUUUCCAUAACAAGGAAGGAAGGAAGGAAGGAAGGAAGGAAAGGCAAAUGAUGUAGCUGCUUUAAUGAGUCACAGGCAGGGUGCUGGCUUUUUACAUUCUGGGGUAUCGUGAGGCACUUUCCCCAAAUUAUAUCAGAAGCAUUGCACAGUGAGUAGAUCGUACAAAUUUGGUGAACAGAACAUCCGUAAAUCAAUCUGGAAUUCAGAAGGCACUGGCAUGGAUUACGGUGUAGGAACAUUGCCUGGGCUCUAACAUUCACAAUGGCGAUUAUUCUUUCAGCAUCCAAAAGAUAAAGGAGGGGUUGAUGAAAUGAUUUUAAUUUGGAAUUUGAUAAUUAGCUGAAAUUUAUUUAUUUAUUUAUUUAAUCAAAUUUUUAUACCGCCCUAUCUCCCGAAGGACUCAGCCCGAUAAAAAUACAAAUAUAAUACAAGAUAAAACACUAAUUAAAAAACUUAUUUAAAUAGGCCAAAAUUUAAAAUUACAAUUAAAAUGAUAAAAGCCCAUUAAAAUUAAAUUUAAAAUUAAAAUUCUAGUCCAGUCCUGCACAAAUAAAUAGAUGUGUUUUAAGCUCGCGGCGGAAGGUUCGAAGGUCAGAAAGUUGACGGAGUCUUGGGGGAAGUUCAUUCCAGAGGGUGGGAGCCCCCACAGAGAAGGCCCUUCCCCUGGGUGUCACCAGUCGGCACUGCCUGGUGGACGGCACCCUAAGGAGUCCCUCCCUGUGAGAGCACACGGGUCGGUGGGAGGCAAUCGGUGGCAGCAGACGGUCCUGUAAGUAGCCCGGCCCUAAGCCAUGGAGCGCUUUGAAGAUAGUUACCAAAACCUUGAAGCGCACCCGGAAGGCCACAGGCAGCCAGUGCAGUCUGCACAGGAGUGGUGUCAUAUGGGAGCCACGAGGGGCUCCCUCUAUCACCCGCGCAGCCGCAUUCUGGACUAACUGGAGCCUCCGGGUGCUCCUCAAGGGAAGCCCCAUGUAGAGAGCAUUGCAGUAAUCCAGGCAAGAUGUCACGAGAGCAUGAGUGACCGUGCAUAGGGCAUCCCGGUCCAGGAAAGGGCCCAACUGGCGAACCAGGCGAACCUGGUAAAAAGCUCUCCUGGAGACGGCCGUCAAAUGGUCUUCAAACGACAGCCGUCCAUCCAGGAGAACGCCCAAGUUGCGUUAAAGUUAAAUCCUUGCUUUUUUUCUUCUUCUUCUAUUGAGGGCUUGACUUUUACAGCGUGCCAGGUAACUGUGAAAAACAAGGGUGAAAUGCUCCCGGUUCGGACC